UAUGAAUAAAUAGAGACGUUAGAAAAUUCUUCCUAUUUAACAACUCUAAGCUAAACUUAAACAGUUGAAAUAAAGCAUUAAGGCUAGUGAAAUCAAAUCACUUAGAUCGUCUUGUCUUUUUACUGAAACCACUCCUAUUGAUAAAGUAGAAAAAAUUAAAAAACUUAAUGCUAAUAGUAGUGUUGAUGGUAAAACCAUGUAUAUUAAACCAAACUUUAAAACAAAGAUGAAAACUACUAAAAGGUAUUUAACUUAAUAAAUUUAGUCCAUAAUCCAUGAAAUUAAAAACAAGUUCUGUUCUCACUUAAAAAAAAAAAGUUUAUUCACCUUAAAAACCACUCAAAGAUAUCUUAAAAUAUUAUAUUAAGAGUAAAAUUCCAAAAAGUCGCACACCUUCUAAAUCACCACCAUAAAACAUUAAAAAAUUAUCAAGUCCAUUAUAAAGACAAUCAAGUCCACCAUAAAGAUAAAUUAGAAGUCAAAGUAAAAAAAAAAUUAAAUAAAAAACUACUGUUAGUUCCCCUAAUAAAAAAAACAAAAAAUAAAAAACUUAAAAUUAAUAUUAUUAACCAUAAAUAAGUAAGAUUAGUUCAAUUAGAUUGAAUACUUUUUCAGUAAGUGAAGAUCCUCAUAAAAUGCUAAUGAAUCAAAUUAUUGAUGAACUAUAAUUGAUGAAUGAAAAAUAAAUCAUUGAAUUAUAAUCUUUUUUGAAAAAUAUUAAAAAAGAAAAAAUUGAUGAAGCAUUAUAAACCAGUAUUCAUUAAAAAAUAGAUGUUUAAUUGAAACAUUAAUAAAAAGCAUUUAAUGAAUGUUUACCAUUAAAUAUAAUUAAUGAAAUAUGCUCUUAAAGAGAAUCAACUCUUAAUUUAAGAGUUUAAAUGUAAAUUGAUGCAUUUUCAACUUUAUUAGAAUAGCAAAAAAUUUCACCAAGAUCUUUUAAUUAAAAUGGGUAAGUUUUAAAUUAAUGGAAAUCCUAAUCAACAGAUAAAUUACAUAAAUGUUAAGAAUUAUUAUAAAAAAUUCAAAAUGUGACAAACAAAAUUUAAUAAAAGACUACAUAAGAUCUAAAAAUAAUUUAAGAAUUACAAUCAAAUAAUUCUGUUGUAAUUUAAUAGUUAUGUAAACUAAAAAUUAAAUGUAGAAUAAAUGUCAUGCGAUUCGAGUUAUCUGGAGUCUUAGGAUUAAUUCUUAAGUUUUUUAAACUAAAACCAAUAAGGAGAUUUUAGAAAAAAAGACAUGAACUUUGAUUUUUAAGUUCCAAUUUAUGAUCUCGAAAUCUAGACAAAUGUUGGAACUGUUAACUUAUUUAUCGAGUUAUUGUGUGUUUAUAUCUUAAGUAGAAUUAUUUAAUAUUUAUUUAGAUAAUAAUUUAAAUGAAUUUAUAAAAAGAAUGAAUUACCCUUAUGGUCUAUCACCUUAUGAUAAAAUAAGAAAGAUUCAUGGAUACAAUAUUAUUUAAGACAAAUAAUAUGAAAAUCCGAUUUAGGAAACUUCAUUUUAAGAAAUACAGGUAUGACAAUAUCAUAGAUUAAGCAAAGUAGUAAUCCAUAUGAGUUGAUUCAUAAUAGAGCUAUUUUUGAUACGUUUAAUGAGAUUCUAAAUGGAUUUAGACCAUUUUAUUAAUGUUAAGGUUAACCAUAUCCUUGGGAAUGGGAGGGUAAUUUGGUAGUUAUCUUAUACAAUGAAGAGAAUGUGAAUUUAUUAUUAGAGAAAGGAAAGGAGAGAAUAAUAUAAUAUGCUUCAACUUUAUGUGGAUUAAUAAAUGAUGAUGAUGAUAAUGUUUAAUCAAGUAUAAAUUAUGAGGAAGUGAUGUAAAGUUUAAUGAAUAAUGACUAUUUAUAAUAAUUAAGAAAUGAAAGAUUACAAUAAAGUAUAAAUAAGGAGGUAUAAAUAUAUAAUAAUGAGAUAAUAGUUAGAAGAGAAAUAAAAUGAAUGGAGAUAGGAUAAGACAGAGACAUUGUUUGAGAUAACAGAUUUUAUCUUUGAAGAUUUAAUAAAUGAAUUAAUGAUUGAAUUGCAUUGA